AUGUCUCGCGAGGCAGGGUCCUGCCGCGUGGGCGCAGGGACCAGGGCACGGUCGCGGAAGCCCAAGAAGCCACACUACAUCCCACGGCCCUGGGGCAAGCCCUACAACUACAAGUGCUUCCAGUGCCCCUUCACCUGCCUGGAAAAGUCCCACCUGUACAACCACAUGAAGUACAGCCUCUGUAAGGACUCACUGUCGCUGCUGCUCGACUCGCCCGAGCAAGGCUACCGCCACCCCACCUCACCCAACCCUGAGGGCCCCUCAGACACGCCCCCCGACCUCGCAGUCUCCAGCAAUGUCUCCCAGCACCCUGAGCCUGAGCCUGGGGGACCCCCAGGGCCGCUGCCCCAUCUGGCGAGGGCCCCUCAGAAAGCUCUGGGCCCUGAGGGCAGGCUGCCUGUAGAGGCAUGGAAGCUGGGGCUGGGGGGGACCCCCAGGGGCAUGGGCCCCAGCAGAAGCGUCCCCUGUUACCCCCCACCCACAACGGGGGAGCUCCCCGAGGCCCAGAACCCCCACCUGUCACUGCUGGGCAUCAACUACCCCCUUGGCACUGGCCUCUUCUCCUACCUGGGGCCCUCUCUGGCCACAGCUGCCCACCUGCCCUUCCUGGCCUCUGCCGGCCCUCUGCUGCCGCCUACUGCAGCCUUCCCAGCCCCGCAGCCCACCGAGCGUCCAGCCCUGGCUCCCCGCCUAUACUAUCCACUGCUCUUGGAGCAUGCCCUGGGGUUGCCAGCCGCUGGUAAGCCCCUGCCACUCCCCAAGGUCCCAGACCUGCUGAGAGUGCCUGUCCCUGAGCUGGGGGGCUCCUGGCCACGGAGCACCUCCAGGGACCUGGGGCAGGAGGGUGAGUUGGAGCCUGCUACCCAGAGCGACCCCAAAAGGAGGUCACACCUUGGGAGCCAGCCGGCUGGCCUGACCAAGCUGGCUUCCCAAAGCAGUUUGUCCUGCGGCCCCUCCCGGACACCCUGGCCUGAGGACAAGGCGCCUAGCAGCCUGGAGGCCCCCAUGCCUGCACGGUCUCUGGUCCUGGCCCCGCUGGGGGAUGAGCUGACUGGGGCCAUGGGCGACUUCGCCAGGGUGGAGCAGUGCCUGGGACGGCUGGCGCCAAGAGCCCUGCGGGAGCAGCUGGGUGAGAUCCGCCGGGAGCUGCUAAGCAUCCACCAAGCGCUGCAGUGGGCGGUACGGCCACCGGAUGCACCCCUCGACCUCUCCGUGAGGCGGGAGCGCCCCCGUGCCCCAGGUCCCACCGCGCCCCAGCCCUUCCUGGGCCGCACCACCAAGUGCGAGGCUGACUCCAGCGUCCCACCCCUGGGCCUCCCUCCCCAGACUCCCGAGGACGGCGUCCUGCCCAGCAGCGGCUGGGGUCCCACACGGGUGGUGGCCGCAUGCCCACAGGCCCCACUGGGUCCUCCUGGAGCCGAGGUCUGA